CUAAACAUUAGCUUCUGUACGGCAGCUGUCCCAUGACCGGAGUGAAAAGGCGUGUUCUCGGCUCGGUAUAUAAAGCAGCCCCCAGCAGAAGCCCCACUAAUGCCGCAGGCCGCCGCUCUGCCCCCUCAGCCUGCGCGGUCAUCCUCCUACUGUUGGUCCUGCUCACAGCUGACAGCAGCAGCCUGAGGACAGAAACCAACACACCGAGGGAAACUGUACAUCUCUCACCGUGAAUCAUCUGAGGACCACAAUGGACUCUCCUCCCAUUUUCAUACAGGGUCAUUUCAUAAUGAGCCUCACAGAUAAACCCUGCAUACCCAGCUAGCAAUAGAUUUAAUCAAUUUUCCACUAAUAGUAGAAUAACAUUGAGAAUACUCAUGGAUACGACUACUCUAGCAGCGUUGGCCACUGCCACCACUGUAGCUCUGGUCUCCCAGUCAGACAUGUCGGGCUACCUUUGGCUCUUAGUGGUCGGGUUCAUCAUCGCCUUCAUCCUGGCGUUUUCGGUGGGAGCCAAUGACGUCGCCAACUCCUUUGGCACGGCGGUGGGCUCCGGAGUGGUCACCCUGCGGCAGGCCUGCAUCCUGGCCACCAUCUUUGAGACGGUGGGCUCGGUGCUGUUGGGGGCAAAGGUCAGCGAGACCAUCCGUCAGGGGAUCAUCGAUGUCCGCAUGUACAACGGCUCGGAGCACGUGCUCAUGGCGGGAUCCAUAAGUGCCAUGUGUGGCUCUGCCGUGUGGCAGCUGACUGCUUCAUUCCUGAAGCUCCCCAUCUCUGGAACCCACUGCAUUGUUGGGGCCACAAUUGGCUUUUCAAUGGUAGCGAGAGGACACCAGGGGGUCAAAUGGAUGGAACUGCUUCGCAUCGUGGCAUCAUGGUUCCUGUCGCCUGUUCUGUCGGGAAUCAUGUCGGCAAUUCUCUUUUAUUUCGUCCGCAAAUUCAUCCUGAACAAGUCUAACCCUGUACCAAAUGGACUGAGAGCUCUUCCUGUCUUCUAUGGCAUCACUAUGGGCAUCAACCUCUUCUCCAUCAUGUUCACCGGAGCUCCGCUGCUCGGCUUUGACAGGAUGCCGUGGUGGGGCACGCUGUGCAUUUCUCUGGGCUGUGCCGUCGUCACCGCUCUGCUUGUCUGGUUUGUUGUCUGUCCACGCCUCAAGAAGAAAAUCGAACGUGAAACGGCUCCUGCUCCCUGUGAGACUCCGUUAAUGGAGAAGAACUCGAGCAAACCUCCAGCAGAACAACCUCAAAUCCCGUCUGACCUCCAUCUGCAGAACCCUCCGGUAGAAACACAGACGGUGGCCUUUAAACUGGGAGGCUCAGAGGAGACUGACCUAAACAGCGACAUAGAAUCCAAGGAUCUUGACAUCUCCAACGGUCUGAAUGGCUCCUUAGGCCACAUGACGAUCACCGAUCCCCACAGCGGACGCUCCCACACCAUCCACAAGGACUCUGGCCUUUACAAAGACCUGCUGCACAAGCUCCACAAGGCCAAGGUCGGGGACUGCAUCGGUGACAGUGACACGGAGGAGCGGCCCAUGCGGAGGAACAACAGCUACACGUCCUACACCAUGGCCAUAUACGGUAUCCAAGGCGAUCCCAAAUACAGAGACGCCGACGCCGGCUUCCAGAGGAGACCUCGGGUGGACAGCUGCAGCAGCUACAACUCAGCAGUGACCACCGGAAGCGCGUUCCCGGACGGGAGCGUGACGCAGGAAGCUGACGCAAACGUUGCUGUGGAGGAAGACGAGCUGGAGAUCGACCAACCUGCAGUCUCUUUGCUUUUCCAGUUUUUGCAGAUACUGACUGCAUGUUUCGGCUCCUUUGCUCAUGGGGGAAAUGACGUCAGCAAUGCUAUUGGCCCUCUGGUAGCCCUCUGGCUUCUCUAUGAGAGCGGGUCCGUGGUGUCGAAUGCUCCCACUCCCAUCUGGUUGCUCCUGUACGGCGGAGUAGGAAUCUGUGCUGGACUCUGGGUUUGGGGACGGAGGGUGAUCCAGACCAUGGGUAAAGACCUGACCCCCAUUACACCCUCAAGUGGAUUCAGCAUCGAGCUGGCUUCAGCUGCCACGGUCGUUGUGGCGUCUAAUAUUGGUCUUCCUGUCAGCACGACGCAUUGCAAGGUGGGAUCUGUGGUGGCUGUUGGUUGGCUGCGCUCCAGGAAGUCAGUUGACUGGCGUCUGUUCAGGAACAUCUUCAUCGCCUGGUUUGUCACAGUUCCCAUCUCUGGGCUCAUCAGUGCUGCCAUUAUGGCUCUCUUUAUAUAUGUUAUUCUAUAAAGCCACCAUCUUGAAACACUAUUAGCUUCCCACUCUCUAUUUUCAGCAAUUUCUUUAAAAAAAAUGCUUUCACUUUGUCACCU